UUCGAUACGGUGUGCAGACUAUCCGGUCCGAUGACCGGUCUAUACAUUUCCUCCCUUCCUACCUGCGCGUUCAUGUCACCGAUGACGAUUUUGACGUCCCGCAGUGGGAAUCCAUCGUAUGUCUGCUCCAGCUGUGCGUAGAACGCUUCUUUCUCGUCGUCGGGUCUCCCUUCGUGUGGGCAGUGCACGUUGAUGAUGCUAUAGUUGAAGAAACGGCCUUUAAUCCUCAGCUUGCACAUCCUUGCGUUGAUUGGCUGCCACACAAUCACGCGUUGGCGCAUCUUACCCAGCACUAUGAAGCCGGUUCCCAGCUCGUUGGUGGUGCCACAGCUUUGGUAAAGGGGAGCCGCCCGAUGCCCGCUUUUCCACACUUUCUGUCCUGUCCAGUAAAUCUCCUGCAGCGCCACGACAUCGAAGUUGCGGGGAUGUAAUUCAUCGUAGAUCAUCCUGUCGCAACCUGCGAAACCUAGCGACUUGCAGUUCCAUGUUCCAAGCUUCCAAUCGUGAUCCUUUAUUCGUCGCCUAGGUCUUUGCUGAUUAUAUCGAUUCGCAUCAUCUCUUAUAUUGUUCGUAAUUAUUGGUUUUCCAGGCGGCUUAUUGGGCCUGCGCAAACCUCCUGUCUCGCCGGAGGGCCGUCGUGUCAGGGCUGUUUAGCGUCCCACCUAACAUAAUUAUUUUGGAAAUUCCUUUAGAGAUGCAUUUGGCGAUUCCUUUACGAUUUUUUUAAAUUCCUUUAGGUGUUUGUUCGAAAAUGUCUUGUGAAAAUCCCUCGGAAAUACCUUUAUAAAAUACUUUGCAGAUUUCUUCAGAUAUUCUUCUGAUUUUUUUUUGAAUUUCUUUGGAAACUUGGUUAUUUUAUCGGAAAUCUCUUUGAAGUUUAUUUCAGCUGUUUUUUUUUUAAAUAAACUUAAGAAAACUUCUUAAGGAAAUGUUCCGGAAAUAUGUUUGGGAAUUUCUUCAGGAAAUCCUUCAGAACUCCUUCAGAUUCCUCCAGGAAAUGUGUUGAUGCAAAAAUAUGAAUUUGCUGGGUCCAUGGCGUUAGGCUAUUAAGCUUAUCGAAGCAUAUUUUGGCAGAAUAAUUUCAAUAUUUACAGCGCCACUAGCGUUCUAUUACUGCUUUACUGUAAAAACAAUCGGAAAAUGCUUCGGAUAUUUUUUUAAAUUCUUUGGGAUUUUGUAGGAAUUCAUUCAGAAGUAUAUUGGAAACCUUUAGAAAACACCUGGAGUUUUUCCAGAUAUUUUGCUUUUAAGCAAGGAUGUUAUCGUAUCGAUCAUUAAGUAAUCUGCGUUCGAUCAUUUAGUAGUUUGUCAAUAACUCAUCCCAUAGGCUAAAUUUCAAAAUGUGUUGUAUGGUCGACUUUUAGUGCGAAGGUUUUUCUACAACUCUCUUUAACAGGUUGAUGUACGAAUUCCACUGCUAAAGGAGUUCCGGUGCUAUGUUACCUUUCCAAUAGGUCACAAUCCCUAAACUUGAUUCUUUUAUUAUCGUUUAGUUUCCAUUUUCCUUUUUUUGUAAAUAAGUAUGCUUUAAUUCUAGAAUAAAUAAAUAAAACUGUAAAUAUGUAAAUAAAUCCUUAUAUUCCCUAUCCUAAGAUACCAUUUACCCUAAAAUUUAAUGUAAAUAAUUAAAAAAAUAAAAGAUUGAAAAAAAAAAGAAAAGAAAAUUGAAUUCAAAAAAUCCCAUUUCACCACAUUUAUCCCCUUGGUAUCGAUCUGUCAAAAGUGUAUCCCAUCCUAUAUGUACAUAACCAUCAUGGCGCGCGGUACCAACUGUGCACAGACAAAACCAUCCCGGGAAAUGUUCUCCUAUACUUGGAUUUUGCUGUGUCAUCGAAGGCCUUAUAAGCCUAAGCAGGAUGAGGCCAAGGGCUCUUUUUGGAACAAAAUUCCUAGCUGUUUCGCGAGUGAACUGCUAAUUGGCAGAGAUAGUGUCUCGGAAAAAAACUUGAUGUCACCACCCAUCAUCGGAAUUGCCGAGGGUGAUCUAACGGCCUGUGAUAGGUGGACCGUAAGUGAUAGUGAAAUCACCCAUCCGGUACAAGAAGAAGAGAACUGUGCGACGCCCCCCUUCAACCUCGGACGUUGCAUCCUUGGACCCGACCCAAUCGUCGACGUAGCCAUCGGUGAGGAAGUGGACCGGUCGAAGCCAAUAGUCCGAACAUCCACCGACCGACUGGAAAUCGCCACAACCUUUGAAGUCAGGUGAAAAUUUUGUACAUUCCCAUAAACUCAGUGAACUCCUGUAAAUAUUAA